UGUAGCUGACGUAGAGGCAAGGCGGUGGACACACAAAGUCUCCGACGUGCACAGAGUGAACCGCACAGGGAUGGCGACGGAGACGUUGGACAAAGAGAAGACUAUCAGCCUGAGGAAGAAGCAUAUCGGGCCGUCUUGCAAGGUGUUCUUCAGUCAUGACCCCAUCAAGAUUUUGCGAGCCAAAGGCCAAUACAUGUAUGAUGAAAAAGGAGCGCAAUACCUAGACUGCAUCAACAAUGUGGCCCACGUGGGCCACAGCCAUCCAGAGGUGGUGAAGGCUGGAGCCCAGCAGAUGGAACUCCUAAACACCAACUCUCGUUUCCUGCAUGACAACCUUGUGCGCUAUGCACAGAGGUUGCAGGCCACGCUGCCCGAAAAGCUGUCCGUCUGCUAUUUUGUCAACUCGGGCUCUGAAGCCAACGACCUGGCCCUGCGACUAGCCCGGCAGUACACAGGCCACAAAGAUAUCGUCACGCUGGACAAUGCGUACCAUGGCCAUGUGUCAUCCCUCAUUGACAUCAGUCCAUAUAAGUUCCACCAGCUGUCAGACAUGGCGCGGAAACAAUCUGUUCAUGUGGCUCCAAGUCCAGAUAUCUACAGAGGCAAAUACAGAGCGGAUCACCCCGAUGCUGCCGCAGCAUAUGCAGACGAUGUCGGAGAUAUCAUAAAGAAAGCCCAGGACAAAGGACGCAACAUUGCUGCUUUUAUCGCUGAGUCCCUGCAGAGUUGCGGUGGACAAGUCAUUCCCCCCGCGGGCUACUUCCAGAAAGUGGCAGAACACGUCCGUCGGGCGGGUGGCGUCGUCAUUGCCGACGAGGUCCAGGUGGGCUUCGGGCGAGUUGGCACCCACUUCUGGGCGUUCCAGCUCCAGGGUGAGGAUUUUGUGCCAGAUAUCAUCACCAUGGGCAAACCCAUUGGUAAUGGACACCCCAUGUCGUGUGUGGUGACCACCAGAGAAGUGGCUGAAGCCUUCAUGUCUUCUGGGAUGGAGUAUUUCAACACAUUCGGCGGCAACCCGGUGUCCUGUGCCAUCGGUCUGGCAGUCCUAGACGUGAUCGAAAAAGAGGACCUGCAGGGCAAUGCGCUGCGUGUGGGGGGCUACCUGACCAAGCUGCUGGAAAAGCAGAAAGAGAAACACCCGCUUGUGGGGGAUAUCAGGGGGCGUGGCCUGUUUGUGGGGGUGGAGCUCGUGAGGGACCGGGUGAAACUCACCCCUGCCACCGCCGAAGCCCAAGAAGUCAUAUACAAGCUGAAGGAAGAGCACGUCCUCCUUAGUGCCGAUGGACCUCAUCGCAACGUCCUGAAGUUCAAGCCGCCAUUGUGUUUCAGCCGGGAGGAUGCUGACAUGGCGGUGGGGAAAAUCGACCACAUUCUCACCGACCUGGAGAAGGCGUUAGGCCUGCAUUUGCCCGGCAUGGAGACCAGAGAGAAUGGCAGCAGUAAGAGAAAGGUGCCAACCGAUGAAAAUGGACGUCACCAUGAACGAGGAGUGGCACACAGCAAAGAAGGCGUCCAACCAGCCCCUCAGCAAACCAAACGCCUCAAGACAUGACGAGCGUUUGUGGUUUUCUGAACUCACCAAGCGUAUUGACACUCGCGUUGUCGUCCUCCUACUUUAGGUGUGCGGAGGAUUACGGUACAUCGUGUACUGAAACAACAGGAAUCGUCCAAAAUAAUCCCAGUUUAAUUUGUUUGAACCUUUAACAUUCCCGAGCGCAUCCGAGUAUUUCCGAGGUGAUAAGCUGGUCCGAAUGCUGUAAAUGAAAAUUACUUUAUUCUGCAACCUGAACGGGGUUGUUAUCUUAUAUAUUUUAUACAUAAUUCAGAUAAGACUUUCAUGUUUUAGCAACUGAAGGAAGUAGCGUUUGCUCACGCGGAAUACAUUUUUAAUAAACUAAGUGAAACACAUUGUAAUGACAAUAUACAUUUAGAUGAAAUGGCUCUUUUAGGGAAGUUUGAAAUCAUCACAUUGUGUAGCCCUCCUGGUAGAAAGCAGGCUAACAAUUCGUCACAAAGUGACAACCAUGUAUUGUUUUUCUUUGUAAUGAGGUUGAAAAAUGAUUUCAGACAAUUGAUGAAAGCAAGCGAAAUCUCAAGCAAGUACGGGGCAAUAAAAUAAUGUAAGACUGCUUUGUUGUUGUCGCUCGAGCUCAAAGAGAAACUCGGUGU